GCAUGCGCAAGGUGCGCCCCCUGCCGGCGGCGGCGAGAAGCGGUUGUGAAGCAACAUGGCUGGCGCAGGAGGAUAGGGAAUGAGAACAACACGAAGAGAGAGAGGCAAGACAAGACGGGAGCGGGAGAGAAGGAGGAAGGAAUGAAGGUGGCGGGGAAUGGGUUUGCCGCACGGACAACGGAUGUUCAGUAAUCGAGGAGCUUUUGAGGGAUGCAACAGCAGAAAGAUUUAUUGAGCAUGUUCCUGUGCUUGGUGAAUUAAAUCGUGGGUAAAAGAAGGAACUGCAUCUAUUUGUUGCAUCUUUGCGACAAAACCAAUUUCCUGUCACCAUCUCAUUCAGGAUGGCUGCAUCAUCAGCUUCAUAUGAUCAGCUCUUGAAGCAAGUUGAAGCACUUAAAAUGGAGAAUUCAAAUCUGCGACAAGAAUUAGAAGACAACUCAAACCAUUUGACACAACUAGAGACAGAGGCAUCCAGCAUGAAGGAGGUCCUGAAGCAACUGCAGGGUAGCAUUGAAGACGAGGCUCUGGCUCUGGCUUCUGCUGGACAGAUUGAUCUACUAGAGCGACUAAAAGAAUUGAAUUUGGAGUGUGCAAAUUCACCUGCGAUAAAAUUAAGGCCAAAGAUGUCACUGCAUUCAUAUGGAAGUCGAGAAGGAUCAAUGUCUGGUCGGUCAGGAGAGUGUAGCCCAGUUCCAGUUGGUUCAAUUCCAAGAAGAGGAUUGAUCAGUGGAAGCAAAGAAAGCACUGGCUACUUGGAAGAGUUAGAAAAAGAGAGAUCUUUGUUACUUGCUGAGAUUGAAAAAGAAGAGAAAGAAAAGGAUUGGUAUUAUGCUCAGCUUCAAAAUCUUACGAAGAGAAUUGAUAAUCUCCCCCUUACAGAAAAUUUUUCUCUGCAGACGGACAUGACUAGGAGGCAAUUAGAGUAUGAAGCACGGCAAAUUCGAUCUGCAAUGGAGGAACAACUUGGAACAUGUCAGGAUAUGGAAAAGCGAGCUCAGAUGAGAGUUGUACGGAUUCAGCAAAUAGAGAAGGAAAUGCUUCGUUUGCGCCAACACUUACACUCCCAAGCAGCAGAACCUGAGAAAUCAUCACAAACUAAACACGAACAAGCAGUGUCAAAAGAUGCAGAUGGACCGAGUGAUUGUCUGGAAACAACGGAAGCUAGCGUGAGCACUACGGGGAAUGGGCAGGGUUCAGGAUCAAGGGUUGAACAAGAUACUAAUAGUGUAAUGAGCUGUAGUAACUCCUACUCAGUUCCCCGAAGAUUGACAAAUCACCUGGGUACCAAGGUAACCGAAGAUUCCAGGCUACAGGUGGAAAUGGUAUAUUCGCUGCUGUCGAUGCUUGGCACACAUGACAAGGAUGAUAUGUCUCGAACUUUGCUAGCAAUGUCUAGUUCUCAGGACAGCUGUAUAGCUAUGCGUCAGUCUGGAUGUCUUCCGCUGCUCAUACAGCUUUUGCACGGCAAUGAUAAAGACUCUGUGCUGCUCGGUAAUUCCCGUGGCAGUAAGGAGGCCCGUGCACGGGCUAGUGCUGCACUACACAAUAUCAUCCAUUCGCAGCCAGAUGACAAGAGAGGAAGACGGGAGACCCGUGUUCUUCACCUGCUGGAACAGAUCCGUGCAUACUGUGAGACGUGUUGGGAAUGGCAGGAGGCACAUGAGCAAGGCGUUGAUCAGGAUAAAAAUCCAAUGCCAUCUCCGGUGGAACACCAGAUCUGCCCUGCAGUGUGUGUACUGAUGAAACUUUCCUUUGAUGAGGAACACAGGCAUGCAAUGAAUGAACUUGGUGGUUUGCAGGCAAUAGCUGAAUUGUUGCAAGUAGAUUGUGAAAUGUAUGGACUUACUGAUGAUCACUACAGUGUCACGUUGCGACGAUAUGCUGGGAUGGCACUUACAAAUUUAACCUUUGGUGAUGUUGCAAAUAAGGCCACACUCUGUUCAAUGAAAGGUUGUAUGAGAGCUAUGGUGGCUCAACUAAAGUCAGAAAGUGAAGAUCUACAACAGGUAAUUGCAAGCGUAUUACGAAAUUUAUCAUGGCGAGCAGAUGUGAACAGUAAAAAGAUCUUGCGUGAAGUUGGCAGUGUGAGUGCUUUGAUGGAAUGUGCACUGGAAGUGAAAAAGGAAUCAACUCUGAAGAGUGUUCUUAGUGCCCUGUGGAAUUUAUCAGCACACUGCACUGAGAAUAAGGCUGACAUCUGUACUGUGUGUGGAGCGCUUGCCUUUUUAGUCAGCACUUUAACUUACAGAAGCCAAACCAAUACACUUGCCAUUAUUGAAAGUGGAGGAGGAAUUCUACGGAAUGUUUCCAGUUUGAUUGCAACAAAUGAAGAUCACAGGCAAAUCCUCAGAGAAAACAAUUGCUUACAGACAUUACUGCAGCACUUAAAAUCCCACAGCCUGACAAUAGUUAGCAAUGCAUGUGGAACCCUUUGGAAUCUGUCUGCUCGAAAUGCCAAGGACCAGGAGUCUUUGUGGGACAUGGGAGCAGUUAGCAUGCUGAAAAAUCUGAUUCAUUCUAAGCACAAAAUGAUUGCAAUGGGAAGUGCUGCAGCUUUGAGGAACCUGAUGGCCAAUAGACCUGCCAAAUAUAAAGAUGCCAACAUUAUGUCUCCUGGAUCAAGCCUGCCAUCUCUGCAUGUUCGUAAACAAAAGGCUUUGGAAGCAGAAUUAGAUGCUCAACAAUUAUCAGAAACUUUUGAUAAUAUUGAUACCUUGAGUCCCAAAACAUCUCAUCGGAACAGACAAAGACACAAACAGGGCAGAUACAGUGAGUAUGUUCUAGAUUCCGGAAGGCACAAUGAUGAUGGAGUAUGCAGAUCAGAGAGUUUCAACACUGGAAACAUGACUGUGCUGUCACCCUACGUGACUUCUUCCAAGCUACAUAAUUCAUCAAGAGAUGGCAGGGGCACAAUUGAUAGUUCCAGACCGGAAAAGGAGAGAAAUAUGGAGAGAGAUCGAAGAGGACCAGAUACUGCUUCCUUUCCUCCUUCUGAAAAUGUGCCAGAUCCUUCAAAAAGAAUGGGGAGGCAGGUGCCUGCCAGCACAGCUCAAAUAGCCAAAGUCAUGGAAGAGGUAUCAAGUAUACAUUUGUCAUCGGACGACAGGAAUUCACCAUCGGAUUUGCACUGUGUGCCAGAUGACAGGGCUGGUAUGAGGCGAGGAUCAUCAUCUCAUCCUCAUUCCAACAUUUGUAACUAUAGUAAAUCUGAAACCUCCAAUAGAACCGCCUCCAUGCCUUAUGGGAAAACAGAGUACAGGAGGUCUUCAAAUGAUAGUCUGAAUAGUGUUAGCAGUAGUGAUGGCUAUGGUAAAAGAGGGCAGAUGAAACCAUCGAUAGAAUCCUACUCUGAGGACGAUGAAAGCAAAUUCUGCAACUAUGAAAAAUAUCCCGCUGAUCUUGCCAAUAAAAUUCACAAUGCUAAUCAUUUAGAAGACAAUGAUGCAGAAUUGGACACACCAAUUAACUACAGCCUCAAAUAUUCGGAUGAACAGUUAAAUUCUGGCCGGCAAAGCCCAUCUCAAAAUGAACAGUGGGCACGGCAGAAACAUAUUGUGGAAGAAGAGAUGAAAAGAAAUGAACAUAAGCAAUCUAGAACUCAACCCUCUGGAUAUUCUAUAUUUUGUGAAAAUACUUGCAGCGGAGAGGAAACGCACAUGAAAUUCCAACCUCGAUUCGGUCAAUCAGAUUGCUCUUAUACUAGCAGGGCACAUAACAAUUCUGACCAAAUUAGAGUCGAUUCUGAACACAGAAUGAACCAGAAAAUCAAUCCAUCUCUUUGCCCAGUGGAUGAUUAUGAAGAUGAGAAACCGACUAACUACAGUGAGCGUUACUCUGAAGAAGAACAGCCUGAGGAAGAAGAGGACAGGCCCACAAAUUACAGUAUGAAGUUUACAGAGGAAGAACACCAUGUUGAACAGCCAAUAGAUUAUAGUUUGAAGUAUGCUACAGAAGUACCUGCCUCGUCGCAGAGUCAGUCUUUUAUUUAUUCAAAAAGUCCUUCAGUUCAAAACACAACAAAAGAUCGUGCAUCAAAUUGUGGAAGCACACCAAGCUCCAAAAUCAACACUGCAGGUCAACAAAGACGACUUCACCCCAGCCCGGCACAAACAAGGACAACUACUGCUCCUGCCAUUCAGAAAUCAGCCACAUGUAAGACCCCUUCAAUUAACCAAGAAACCAUGCAGACUUAUUGUGUGGAGGAUACUCCUAUUUGUUUUUCAAGGUGUAGUUCACUUUCAUCUUUGUCAUCAGAGGAUGAAAUGGAAGGUCGUGGCCAGGCUAAGCAUGUAGCAGAUGAUGGCACCACUUUGCAGAUCAUUGACCUCAAGGAAAAUCAUGGCCAAUUAUCUGUCGACACCACAAUAGGUGAGGCAUCAUCUACUUCACAUCAUACCCGAAUGAAGCAGAAUAGACUGCAGGCCACUAACGUAGCUCAGCCGGAUGCUGGUCGUCAAAAAGCUGUUGAGUUCUCUUCAGGUGCAAAAUCACCAUCCAAAAGUGGAGCUCAGACUCCAAAAAGUCCACCAGAACAUUAUGUGCAGGAAACUCCUUUGGUAUUUAGUAGAUGCAGUUCAGUCAGUUCAUUGGGAAGCUUUGAAAGUCAGUCAAUUGCCAGUUCCAUUCAAAGUGAACCUUGCAGUGAAAUGGUCAGUGGAGUUAUAAGCCCGAGUGAUCUUCCAGACAGUCCAGGGCAGACGAUGCCACCUAGUAGGAGUAAGACUCCCCCACCCCAGCCAGCUCAACUAAAAAGGGAAACACACAAAAUCAAGGAUCAAACUAAUGUUAAAAGUAGAGAAAUUGGCCAACGCCAAGCGGCUGUGAAUGAAGCGGUCCAAAGAGUCCAGAUUCCUCAGGAUGGCGAUUGCCUGAUGCAUUUUGCCACGGAAAAUACUCCUGAUGGAUUCUCAUGUGCAUCAAGUUUAAGCGCUCUGAGCCUUGAUGAGCCAUUUAUUCAGAAGGAUCUUGAGCUCACAGUAAUGCCUCCUGUUUAUGAAGAUGAUCACAAGAAUGAUGAGUCUGUGAAGGAAGAUGAUGGAACUGAGAAAAAUAAAUGUAAAGCAGAGAAAGUUGCAGAAGCUGAGAAAGAUAUACUUGAUGACGACGAUGAUGAUGAUGAUAUUGAUAUCUUAGAAGAAUGUAUAAAUUCAGCCAUGCCAACUAAAUCUUCAAGUAAAGCUAAAAAAACUGCUGCUGGUACUACAUCAAGGAUGCCACCUCCUGUCGCAAGGAAACCAAGUCAACUGCCUGUGUACAAAUUGCUUUCUAAUCAAAAUAGAGUUAAUUCUCAAAAACAUGUAAGUUUUAACCAUGACAUAUUUAGAGAAGAUAUGCCACGAGUCUACUGUGUUGAGGGGACUCCGAUAAACUUCUCAACAGCGACAUCUCUAAGUGACCUCACCAUUGAGUCACCGCCAAAUGAACUGGUAAAUUCAGAAGCUAAUCAGCCAGCAUCUGAAUCUACUGUGAUGGAAAAGAGAGAUACCAUACCGACUGAAGGCAGAAAUAUGAAUGAUGCCGAAACAUCAAAAGGCCUCACUGGUGCUCAGCCUGGGCAAGAUGACAAAAUGGAGGAAGGUGAUAUUUUAGCUGAAUGUAUAAACUCUGCUAUGCCAAAAGGAAAGAGCCAUAAACCAUACAGAGUUAAAAAAUUGAUGAAUCAAGUUCAACAUGUGUCAACUUCUUCAAAUAAUGCAAAUCAACAAGAAGUAGAAAGAAACCCAACAUCUCCAAUGAAGCCGUUGUCUCAGAACAAUGAGUACAAGAAUCGUUCAUUGCACCGUUCAUCCCUAUCUGAUCCUCAAAGUAGCUUCAAUGCUGAAGGUAAUUGCACAGAACACAGGAAGGACAUGGAGAAAGGUAGCCAAAAGCAAGCCGCAAAAAAUAUUGCUGGGGAUUUUCAAGAUAAGCCACCUGGUAACGAUAACCGUGUUCGUGGAGGUUUUGUAUUUGACUCUCCACAUCAUUAUACUCCAAUUGAAGGAACUCCAUAUUGUUUUUCCCGAAAUGAUUCUCUCAGUUCACUUGACUUUGAUGAUGAUGAUACUGAUCUCACAAAAGAGAAAGCUGAAUUAAAAAAAGACAAGGGCAGAAAGGAAAGCGUCUCCAAUGAUGCAAAAAAUUGUAACAACAAACAAAUUCCCAUUAGUCAGCAAUCGUCUGAUAGAGUUCAACCAGGUCAAAAAUCUGUGUCGGGGAGAGGGCAGUCAAAAUCUGCUCCACAGAGGCACGCUGCUUUUUCCCAAAUACAGAAAGAUAAUAAUGGCCGAGAAACAGUUACUGACGAGAAAAUGCAAAAUUUUGCUAUUGAAGAUACUCCUGUCUGCUUUUCUCGUAAUUCAUCAUUAAGUUCUCUUAGUGAUAUUGACCAGGGGAAUAAUAAUAAAAAAGCAGCACAGCAUAGUGAACAGGGAGAACACACCAAUAGCCAAGUUGCAGUGAACAGACCUCCAGCAUCUGGCUAUGCUCCUAAGUCAUUUCAUGUUGAAGACACACCAGUGUGCUUCUCUAGAAAUAGCUCCCUUAGCUCCCUUAGCAUAGAUUCUGAAGAUGACCUUCUACAAGAGUGCAUCAGUUCAGCUAUGCCAAAAAAGAAAAAUAUGCUUGCAGAUGGCAAGAGUAACUGGGAAAAUACAGGAAGUGAUACUUCUGCAGCAUCAGUAGAAGAGAUGAAUGAGCCUAUGAAUUUAAGGGACCAAGUGCAAAGCCCUAUUUCAGAGCAAGCUUUCUCCCCAGAUUCUGAAAGCUUUGACUGGAAAGCCAUUCAAGAGGGCGCUAAUUCUAUAGUCAGUAGCUUGCACCAGGCAGCUGCCUGCCUGUCAAGACAGGGUUCUUCUGAUUCUGACUCUAUCCUCUCACUUAAAUCUGGUAUUUCCUUGGGAUCACCUUUCCACCUUACACCUGACCAGGAAGAAAAGCCAUUUACAUCUAAUAAGGGCCCUAAAAUAGUGAAACCUGGUGAGAAAAUUACUAGUGACAACAAAAAGAACGAAGAGGAAAAUGUUAAGGCAAUUCGAGGAGGGAAAAGAGUCUAUAAAAGUUUAAUUACUGGGAAGGCCCGUUCAAAUGUGGAGACUCCUACCCAUCAUCCAAAACAUUCCCAACAGGCAAACAUGCCUAUGAUCUCGCGUGGCAGGACCAUGAUUCACAUACCUGGUGUAAGGAACAGUUCACCUAGCACUAGUCCUAUUCCGAAAAUGCCACCUAAAACCAUAACCUCCAAAAGUCCAAACACUGGGCAGAAUUCAAAUCAUUCAAGAGGCAUUAAAACUCCAAUAAAAUUAGAGUCAAGUCCAAUAGGCAAGCAAAUGAGUGCUCAGGGAGCAUCAAGCAGCAAAGGAUCUUCUCGAUCAGGAUCCAGAGAUUCUACUCCUUCCAGACCUUCCCAGCAAUCCUUAUCAAGACCCAUGCCGUCUCCUGGUCGAAAUUCCAUAUCUCCAGGAAGGAAUGGGAUCAGCCCUUCUAGCAAGAUAUCACAACUUCCAAGAACAUCCUCUCCAUGUACUGCUUCAGCUAAACCUUCUGGAUCAGGAAAGAUGUCUUACACAUCUCCAGGUAGACCGUUAAACCAGCAGGCCGCAUCGAAGCAAGCGGGCCUAGGAAAGGGCACAUCUUCUUUAACAAGAAGUGAAUCCAGUUCAAAAGGCUUAAGCCAGAGUGCCAGUUGUACUGCACCAGGUAAAAGAGUAGAAUUGUCAAGAAUGUCUUCAACAAAAUCAAGUGGCAGUGAAUCAGACCGAUCUGAAAGGCCUACAUUAAUGCGCCAAUCAACAUUUAUAAAGGAAGCCCCAAGUCCAACACUGAGAAGAAAAUUAGAAGAAUCUAAUUCUUUUGAAUCUUUGUCUCCACCUUCUCGACCUACAUCACCAAGUAGAUCACAAACUCAGACUCCAGUUUUAAGUCCAUCUCAGCAUUUGGAUGUGAUGCCUAGUCACUUACCAAACCAAGCGAGUAGCUGGAGAAAAGUGCCUCCAAACCAGAAUCUCAUUGCAGAACAACUGGAAGGGCGACCUAUGCGGAAACAUGACAUAGCUCGAUCUCAUUCUGAAAGUCCAUCAAGGCUACCAGUGAAUAGAUCAGGUACUUGGAAGCGUGAACAUAGCAAACAUUCCUCAUCUCUUCCUCGAGUUAGCACAUGGCGUAGAACAGGGAGUUCUUCAUCAAUUCUGUCAGCUUCUUCAGAAUCAAGUGAAAAGGCCAAAAGUGAAGAUGAAAAACCAUAUCAUGGGAGUUUUGUACAUGGUAGCAAACAAGGCAAGGAAAAUCCAGUUCCUUUGAAGGGAACUUGGAGGAAAAUUAAAGAUAAUGAAGUUCCACAAAUAAAUAGUCAGGUUCAGAUUCCUUCAGCUGCACAUAGUGUUGAAAGCAAAAAUUUGGUUUACCAGAUGGCUCCUCCUGUAUCAAAAACUGAGGAUGUGUGGGUGAGAAUUGAGGACUGUCCAAUAAACAACCCCCGCCCUGGAAGAUCUCCAACAGGCAACACACCACCAGUUAUUGAUGAUUUUCCUGAAAAUACAUUUCCUAAUGAUGAAGAAGGUUCAGGUGAUGCACAGAACAGACCAGCUUCAGAACAGAGAACUCCACCUCAUGGUUUAAGAAUGGAAAAAUGUUUAAAUUCAUUUACUCCAUUGGAAAGUCCAGAAAAAAAGGCAGCAGAAACAAAAUCUGCUAUGAACAGUUCUGCGACCUCACCGGAAACUGAGACGACAAUUGUCACUGAGCGUACACCCUUUAGUUCAAAUAGUUCAAGCAAGCACAAUUCACCAAGUGGUACUGUUGCAGCAAGAGUAACUCCUUUCAACUAUAUCCCCAGCCCUCGAAAAAGUAGCACAGAUAACAGUUCUACACGGCCAUCACAAAUUCCAACACCUGUAAACACCAAAAGAAAGGAGAGUUCCAAACCUGAAGCUACUGACUCUAGUGGAGCUCAAAGCCCGAAGCGUCAUUCUGGCUCCUAUUUAGUAACUUCCGUUUGAAAUAACUGUGGUUGUAUAAAAUUGGUUUAUUAUGUAUGAUUCUUUGGCACAAUUAUCUGAUAUUUGAGGUUAACUGUUUGUUUUACAAGAAUUAUUGAUCAGCUAAGAUGCUCUUGUAAAUAUCUACUUUUUUUCUUCGCAGAGGGACUUUGUUUAGGAAGCCAUAUUUGUUAGAAAACUAUACUGUCGCUGGUGGAAAUUUGACAGGUGCAUUUGGUUGGGAAGUUUGAGAUGAUUCCUACAGCUAGUAAAGACAACAUUGUACAGUCAGUUGUACUUGUAUUAUGUAUUAAGCGUUUCUGCCAUGAUCCCUUUAUGUAAUGCUUGGCUUAUGUAACUUACAAUUACUUGGGAGAUAGUCUAGGAAAUAAGUCCAUUAAAAUAUAUCAAUCAUGUUCAACAUUUUAACAGCAAAAAAAGUCAGAGAUUUAAAAAAAAAAAAAGAUAUUUAAUUUACAUUCAAAAAGGUGAAUGAAAUGAGUAUUAAUAUUCCUUGUUAGUAAUUGUGAAGUAUCCUAAUCCUCUAGGUAAUCAUGCAGCUGUGAAAUUCACAGCCUUGUGAUUUCUGGUACAACAGCCUUCCCCAGCCUGCUCUUGUGCAUGAUCAGAUCGGAUGGUAUGUUGUCUGAUGCAAUGACUCAAUUUUGUGAUCACAUGAUGUGCAUAGAUAGCUACAGUGUAUUUAGGUACACUGCUGUGUGUGUGCUGCAAAAAGAGAUUGUCUGAUACCUUGCAGCUUUGGACUGGAAUAUUUUUUUCCUGACCUAGAGUUUACCAGAAAAGUAGAUAGAGCCAUUGCUAUGCUGUAACUUGUUGUAUAUUGUUAUUUGAGGUCAGAUGGCUACUCUUUUAUGAAUGAGACAAAUUGUUUCAGAGGAACUAAAUGAACAUUUCAAAAUAAAUUAUUACUGUAUGUA